UUUGGAUUCGCACGAAAGGUCACCACCACUUGGAGAACGAACGGCACGAUGUCGGAGGUGGAAGAGACGUUGGAGCGGAUCAAGAACCACAAGGGAGUGGAAGGCUAUGUGAUUGCAGACAAGAAUGGAUCGGUGCUGCGUCGUCACCCGCACAUGGACCCUGCGAAUGCGGAGCGAUACUCGACGUACAUGAAGGAACUCACUACGAAAGCUCGAGGUGUUGUUCGCGAUUUGAACCCCAAGAACGACUUGCAAUAUCUUCGCAUACGACUGAAGAAAUUUGAGAUUCUUGUCGCUCACGAACGAGAAUUUCUCGUGAUUGUCAUUCAAAAAUGGUCGCCUGCUUCCAAUUGAGGAAUUCCUUCCCAGGCAGCAACCAGUAAAUGUAACAUACGUAGUUUCAUCAUGGUUCACGUUGCGGCCUUGUCCAAUUCGAGGGCACGCUGCCACGCGGCCAACGUGACAACCGAUUGGCCCAAACUAAGUGCGACUAAACGAGCAACCCGUACUAAACGAUGUAGAUCGUCCGCCUACAACGUUGGGCAUGAGCUAUCGUUGCUUAUCAUAGCUUGAUUCUUACCCCG